AUGGCAGAGCUUGCCAUACUCCAAAAAGACAUCGCCCGAGUCUCUCGAAGACAAAAAGGCGACGACUCCAACUCUGACUGUGAAGACCGGGAACCAUGUGCCAAGCACAUCCUGGAAGCAGAGCUCCCCCAAAAAUUUAAGAUGCCCGAAAUUGCAGCUUAUACCGGGAACUCGGACCCAAGCGAUCACCUGUCACGGUUCAACCGAGUCAGGACAGUCAUGAGAGUCAGCAACGACGCCAAGUGCUUGUGCUUCCCGCUUACUCUAAGCGGAUCCGUGGAAGAGUGGUUCAAGAAACUGGAACCGGGAUCCGUGGAUUGCUGGAAUAAGUUACAAACCAGCUUCCGGAGACAAUUUGUCACCGUAAGGAAAGUUAAUCUGGAGGUCAGCGCCUUGACUAACAUCAAGCAGCUACCUACAGAGACGUUGAAGAAUUUCAUAAAGAGGUUCAAGGAAGAAGCCUCAAAAACCAAGAAAGUCGAUAAUGAACAACAGCUCGCUCUUCUUCAAGCGGGCAUCCGAUAUGUACCCGGAGCUCAUCUCCCAGGCACUCUGCCAGCAGUAGCUCCACCGAUGAGCGGCAUACAAUUUUCCGCUACUCCCGGAUAUAGUCAAGGCCAGGCCUUGGCCCCCGCAUCUUCCCACUUUGGAAAUCCCUCGGGGAUGAAUGGACAGGCCCCGUCACACUCCGCUCCGGCCGCAAGUCUCGCCGGUCCUUCUCAAGGCUCUCGGAGCAAAAGGUCCUCUAAAGGCAGCAAUCGGACGAAGGAUAAGCGGCAGAAAAGGGGGUAUACUGCCCAAUAUACCCAAUACACGGAGUUAAUGGACUGCCAAGAACGUGACGAGAUCAAAAACUUGAUCCGAUUGGGACAUCUCUACGAGUGGAUCAAGAACCAAUUGCCCCAUCUCAAUCCGGUUCAGGCGGGUGGAGCUUUGCCUCAAGGAGCGCCAGGGGGUGUAGCAGGAGCAUUGGCCCCAGUUGCUCUCCCCAGAGAUGCCCAGCAUCUUCCCAGCCUGCCACCAAGACCCAACGGGAGAGUGACCAUGAUCUCGGGAGGACUCCACAUCAGAGGAACUACCCGUAAGGAGCUCAAACGAUACGCAGGGGCCGUAAAACAUGAUGAGGUUUUGGAGGUUACUCAACUCCCAGCUCAAAGGCCCUGGCUAAUGGAUCAGCCCAUUACAUUCACAGAAGAAGAUGCUAAGACAGCGCGUUUUCCUCACCAUGACCCCUUGGUCAUAGAAACUCCCAUUGCCAAUAAGAUCGUGGCCAGAGUCUUGAUCGACAACGGGAGUUCUGUGAAUUUAUUAUUCAAAGAGGCCUUCACUACAAUAGGCCUAACGGACCGAGAUCUUUCACCAAGUGCUUAUAAUGCAAUCCUUGGUCGAUCGACCCUGGUAGAUUUUGGUGCGGUCACGUCAAUAUGGCACUUGUGCCUGAAAUUCCCCACUCAAGAAGCUGGGAUAGGGACCGUGAGAGGAAUCCAAGGGGAGGCUAGGCAGUGUUAUAACAUUGCUGCCCACCUACCCGACCUAAUGGUCCGAGAAAUUAUUAAGUCAGAAAUGGCAAAAGAAGAUGAGUUGGAUCCCCGCGUGGGAUUCGAAAAAAUUGUAGAAUAA